UUUUUACUCAGGCACUUUGAGGACGCCCCUUUGUUGUGGGGGCGGGGUCGGUCCUUUUGUCAAUGACGUCCGUGCCGAUUUGGAAGAUGGAGCUGCAAGUUGAGCGUCGCAACUCUGGAAUUUGAUUUACGGGUUAACGUAUUUAUUUUUAAAUGUUUAGUGGGUUAUAUAGGACGCCCAAUGGAACAACGUGCGCAUACGCCAAGUUGAAAGGUCCGAAGAAAGCGCCCCCCACUGCCGUCAUGCCUCAGAAGAGCGGCCAGACCACCCACUACAUCGAGCUGGGGGGCUACCAGUACUGGCCGGUACUGGUACCCCGCGGGAUUCGCCUGUACACCUACGAGCAGAUCCCGGGCUACCUGCGCGACAACCCGUACAUCACGGACGGCUACAGGGCCUACCUGCCCUCCAGGCUCUGCAUCAAAAGCCUCUUGGUCCUUUCCAACGAGACGGUGAACAUCUGGACUCACCUGCUGGGCUUCCUGUUCUUCUUCUUCCUGGCCGUGUACCACGUGGCGCACGUCCUGCCGCAGAUGGGAGUCUCGCGUGAGGACUACGUCAUUUACUCGGUGGGACUCUUCUGCUUUCAGCUGUGCCUGCUGUGCUCGGCGGGCUACCACCUGUUCUGCUGCCACCGCUCGGAGAAGACCAGCCGACGCUGGAUGGCCCUGGACUACGCCGGCGUGUCGCUGGGCAUCUUGGGCUGCUACGUGCCCGCCGUCUUCUAUGCUUUCUACUGCAAUAACUACUGGCGGCAGGUGUACCUGGUGACGGUGCUGGCCAUGAUCCUGGCCGUCUUCCUGGCGCACAUCCACCCCAACUUCCUGAGCAAGCAGUGGCGCCGCCCUCGCUGGCUGGCCUUCUGCGCGCUGGCCUCCAGCGGCCUGGUUCCCGUCGUGCACUGGGUCUGCGAUGCUGGCGGCUUCUCCUCGGAGCUCGUGCAAGCGUUCACCCCGCGCGUGCUGGUCAUGUAUUUGAUGGCGGCGGCGGCGCUGCUCUUCUACGUCUCCAAAGUGCCCGAACGUUACUUCCCAGGGCAGCUGAACUACGUGGGCUCCAGCCACCAGCUGUGGCACGUGCUGCUGCUGCUCAUGUUCUACUGGUGGCACCAGUCGUCUUGUUUCAUCAUGGCCUACAGACACAGCCGGCCGUGCCCCGCCGACAUCGUUGACAACCACGCCCACUCGUAGCCCUGCGCGCAAGUCCAACCGCAGGACGCUCUUAUUCAGACAUGCGUGCCUGCUGCUUCAGAGGCCGCCAGUUGAUCGCAGGAAGGCCAUCGUCGUGUUAGCAUUUCACAUGCUGGACAGUCAUUACACUGAUUAAACUGCAUCUUGGUAGAUGAAACUCGGGCCCAGGGAGGAUUCGGAUCAGUUUGUGUUCUUCUCCAGCCGGUGGGCAUAGAAAAAAAAAAAAGAAUGCAAAAAUCUCAGCCAAAAGGAGGCAAAUGUCACAAUCGCACGAUGCUUUGUGGCUGAAACAAGAUGCAUUAAAAACAGCCAGAUGUAUUUUGGACUGCUUGAAUGCACGCGAGGCUGUUUGCGGCAAAGGUAUUAUUUUGUAUUUUGAACGCAACUAAUGUCCGAGCUGGCUGGAACUAAAACACAACCUUUAGUAAAAACAUAAGCCCUUGACCCGCACGUGACGAACGGUUGGUUUCACAUUUUCUCAUCAACACGCAUAGACCUGUUUGAGACCAUCCUUGACGCAGCCGCACGACGCAUCGGUCGGCUGGCGUGACACUUUUAGCUGCGAAUCCAGCAGGACAUUCGUGGCAUCCGGGGGGAGGAUGGACCUUGCCGGCAAGAUGGAACACAUACAGACACAACAUAGUAAUACAAUCUGCAUUAGAGUUCGGGAUGCAUUAUUAAUAUCGCAAUGUACCAGUUGCGAUCCAGUGUCAAUGCGGCAGCCUCAAAUAUCUGGAUUGUUGCAGUAUGAUUACCACAAAGUGCUGCGUGGACUGUCAACACUGCUCAGUAAGGCGUUUUUAGCCGGGAAAAAAACAACUACGUAUAGUAAGGCUUUUUUAGCCUUAAAAACGACCAUGUAUAGUAAGGCGUUUUUCGACGAAAAAAAACGACCUUGUAUAGUAAGGCGUUUUUAGCGGGAAAAAAACGACCAUGUCUAUGUAAAGCGUUUUUAGCCGAAUAAAACGACCAUGUAUAGUAAGGCGUUUUUAGCGGGGAAAAAACGACCAUGUAUAUGUAAAGCGUUUUUAGCCGAAAAAAACGACCAUGUAUAGUAAGGCGUUUUUGGAUGAAAUUUUUAGCGGAAAAAAACGAGCAUGUAUAGUAAGGCGUUUUAACCCGAAAAAAACAACCAUGUAUACUAAGGCGUUUUUAGCCGAAGAAAACGACCAUGUGUAGUAAGGCGUUUUUAGUCCAAAUAAACGACCAUGUAUAGUACGGCGUUUUUAGCCGAAAAAAACGACCAUGUACAGUAAGGCGUUUUUAGUCCAAAAAAAACACCAUGUAUAGUAAGGCGUUUUUGACCGAAAAAAACGACCACAUAUAGUAAGGCGUUUUUAGCCGAAAAAAAUUACCAUGUGUAGAAAGGCGUUUUUAGCCGAAAAAAACCCAACCAUGUAUUGCCAGUUUAUAGCCGAAAGAAACGACCAUGAUUAAUAAAAAAACACAAAAACUCCUAUGCUUUAAGUGGUACUUUGGCUCAAUGGUAGAGUAAUGGAGUGCCACACCUACGGUUGAGUGUUCGAUUCCUGCUUGUUGCAACAAUGUCUACUCUUUAACCACCAUAUACAACUUAUUUGAGGAAAAACCCAAAACAACCCAAAGAUUCAUUGCGAUGUGUUAGCUCACUGGUAGAAAGCUCAAGUCCCAAAUCCGGCGAUUGUGUGUUCGAUUCUCAGUGUUUGCAACAAGGUCACAAUUUUCUUUAACCACUAUUUGCAGCUUUAUUGAAGACAACACAAAACAAACAAGCAGUUAUGUGGUGGUGUGGCUCAGGGGUAGAAAAACCAUGUCCCAAAUUAGCGGUUGAGUGUUCAAUCCCCACAAGUUGCAACCAAAGGCAUAUGGCUUUCUUUGACCAACAUGAUAAGUAGGGCUUAUUGAAGUCGUUUUUGUAUGUUUGACCAUGGAUAUAGUAAGGCGUUUUUGACCGGAAAAAACGACCAUGUAUAGUAAGGCGUUUUUAGCCCGAAAAAAACGACCAUGUAUAGUAAGGCGUUUUUAGUCGAAAAAAAAGACCAUGUAUAGUAAGGCGUUUUUAGCCCGAAAAAAGCGACCAUGUAUAGUAAGGCGUUUUUGGAUUAAAAAAAACGACCAUGUAUAGGAAGGUGUUUUUGGACAAAGUUUUCAGCCGAAAAAAACGACCAUGUAUAGUAAGGCGUUUUUAGCCGAAAAAAAACGACCAUGUAUAGUAAGCCAUUUUUAGCCCGAAAAAAACGACCAUGUAUAGUAAGGCGUUUUUAGCUGAAAAAAACGACCAUGUAUAGUAAGGCGUUUUUAGCCGAAAAAAACGACCAUGUAUAGUAAGGCGUUUUUGACCGAAAAAAAACGACCAUGUAUAGUAAGGCGUUUUUAGCCGAAAAAAAACGACCAUGUAUAGUAAGGCGUUUUUGACCGGAAAAAAACAACCAUGUAUAGUAAGGCGUUUUUGACCGAAAAAAACGACCAUGUAUAGUAAGGCGUUUUUGGACAAAGUUUUUAGCCGAAAAAAACGACCAUGUAUACUAAGGCAUUUUUGGCCGAAAAAAACCGACCAUGUAUAGUAAGCCAUUUUUAGCCCGAAAAAAACGACCAUGUAUAGUAAGCCAUUUUUAGCCCGAAAAAAACGACCAUGUAUAUAGUAAGGCGUUUUUAGCCCGAAAAAACGACCAUGUAUAGUAAGGCGUUUUUAGCUGAAAAAACGACCAUGUAUAGUAAGGCGUUUUUAGCUGAAAAAACGACCAUGUAUAGUAAGGCGUUUUUAGCCGAAAAAAACGACCAUGUAUAGUAAGGCGUUUUUGACCGAAAAAAAACGACCAUGUAUAGUAAGGCGUUUUUAGCUGAAAAAAAUGACCAUGUAUAGUAAGGCGUUUUUAGCCGAAAAAAACGACCA